UUCAAUUUACACAACUAUCUCUACUCCUAAAACCCUCAAACGGGAAGCAACGAAAGUUCAUUUCCUUUCUCCGCAAAAGCCUAGUUAGUUGCUCUACUUCUAAUCUUCUUCUUCUCUGCAACCAGUAUGGAGAGCAAUGAAAGCCCUACGCCAGCUUAUUUUGACCUUCUUACUGCUGCGCAUACAGGGGACCUUGAUCGUUUUAGGAGCUUAGCUUUAUCUUUCGAUCAGAAAGGGGAUGUAUUAGCAAAAACGAUUGACGUCUUGUGGAUGCAGAUGGAAGAGGAUCUCUUGCUUUUGCUGCUGCUGGAGGAAGAUUGGAUGUCUGUAGAUACUUGCUUAAAGAGUUGUCCGUUAAUAUUAAUGUGACAGAUCAUCAUGAUGUAGCUCCCUUAUCUUAUGCAGCUAUUAAUGGACAUCUAGAAAUUGUCAACUAUCUUCUUGAGGAGGGGGCUGAUGCUGAUGGUGGUAAAGUUUCAGCUAAAACCCCGUUGCAGUAUGCUUUGUUGGGAGGAAAUGCAAUGAUACUAGAACUGUUACUUGAUAAUGGUGCGAAUUUAACUCAGACACCCUUGCCAUAUGCUGCUCUUCUUGGCCAGGUUGCUGCUGUUGGAGUUUUGUUGAAAUGGGGUUUAGAUCCUGAUGGAGGGCCCAACUCGAUUUCACCGCUAGUAGCAGCUAUUAUUAGCAAUUCAGUGGACAUCGUAAAUAUGUUACUAGAGGCAAAAGCUUGUCCAGAUAAGCAAUCACGUGGAUUUGUCCCUUUGACUUUUGCCGCGCAUUAUGGGCUGACAAAUAUAGUCAAAAGCUUAGUAAAAGCUAAUGCUAAUACAAGUGUUACUGAUAAGGAUAAGAUGACCGCAUUAGAAAUUGCUGCUGCAGCGGGUAAUAGAGAAAUGGUUAAGGAUCUACUUCCCGUGACUGAUCUCAUUUCAAAAUAUCCGGACUGUUGGACUACGGAUGGACUUAUCAAUCUUUUUGAUUCUGUGGAAGACUAUGAUGCAGGGGUAUAACUACAGAAUCUAUAUCUUACUCAUUUAUAUAUAUAUGUACAUAUUUUGUAUCUUCCUUUAGUAUUUUUAUAUUCUCUACAACUCAAAAAGAAUAUAAGAAUACUGAAGGAAGUGAGGGGAUGGUGGCAUAAUGAAGUAAAAUUAAUCGCAUUAUGAUAAACCAUCAUUUCAUAUUUUCUAUAU